AGGAGGUUUACACACUUUAAAAAAAAUUAUAAAUGACCGUGGAUAAAUUAAACCUAAAGAUACAAAAUGUCAAUGAAUUCAAAUGACGCAGAAAUCCCUAUCGACUCAUUCGAGGAAUUCCUUAGACGUCAAAAACUGGUAGAGUGGCCUGAGACUAUCAGGAAAUAUGUGCAGUUGCCAUCAGACUACCAUUUCAACUCUGUAGAGGAAAUAGACGAGUAUUUGAAAAAAAUGGUACCAUUUCCAGUGGAAAUAGCUACAUCUAUCUCAACGCUUGUAGAUGAAGUAUGGGGGAGAGUGAAGGAAAAUGAUGCCAUUUUAUCAAAAUCUAUUAUUAAACCAACAGGAUGUCGAACCAGAGCCACACCCAAAUCAAACAAUCACCCUUAUCCAGACUUAGUUGCAAAAGCACAUAAGAAAAUUAAAGAACAGAUUGAAACAGUGCCCCUCUGUCCAGAUGUCAUGGAUUUUGAAUUCCCUGGAUUUUCAAAUUUAGAGCAUACUGAUAUUCCAGGGCUUCCCAGUACCUCUCUGCAUUUGGACCAUAUUUCAGAGGCACAAGGCUUUAAUCCAGGCUUCUUGAAAAUCUGGAAACCAUUUUUUCUCUCUGAGCAUUCCAUCAUUGUCUUCAAGGAUACAUUUUGGUGGUUUUUCCUUCAUCGUUUUAAGCCCAGUCCAGAGGAUGAAAGUGCGCUAUUUGACUCUAUCGCUACUGGAUUUGUCUCACUUCUGUUGAUGGUUUUCAAUGAUGUGAAAGACAAAUUAUUCAAGGUCUACGCUGACUGUUUAGCUCAGGCAAUUUAUGCUGCUUUCUGUGGGGCGUUUCCACAGUCAAAGGAGCAUUUUCAUGAUGACUUCAAAACUGAGCUGACUGAGGUGACCUCUCUGUGGGUAUCAGGUGUAAAGCCCAAACUUUUGUCAUGGAAGAACUGGAAACUUCAGUGGUCGACUCCAGCAAAGGAUGCUGUCAAGACAAAAAAAGCCUCAGUUUGCGACUUCCAGGCCGACCUGACCGAGCGCAUCGCCAGUGCCAUGAGGUCCGGCGUGGUGCAGGCCCACACCCCCACCAUCAGCAGAAGAAGCUGCGCUGAGGUGGGCAGCCACGGCAGGAACCGAGAGUCACACUACAUUGGCCCGGGACCUCAGUUUGACCAUAUCUACUUCAAGCCCUGGGGUCAGAGCCCACUGGUGGCCCGCUACCUCCAGCUCCAUGGCAUCCCCUCCACGGCCGGCUCCAGCUCACGCAAGGUCAAGCGCACAGAGAUCGCCACGGUACCUCCAGAGAAACCCACGUACCAGGAAGUGAUCAGUGAAACGCAGGGCAAGAUCAGCAAAUGGCGCUGGAAUUAUAACCAGUUUUCUAAGCAGACCAAUGAGGCAAUUGCUGGGAUACACAAGAGAAGGCACCUCAAAUUUGUGGAAAUAAAUAGGCUUCAGAAGCAGCUAAUGAACAGAGCAGAGAUAAAAAUCUACAGUGAUGGCAUCAUGAACAAAUGGCACUGUGCUGCAGACAGUACGAACCACAGACAUCGGCUGAAGCCCAGCGCUGGCCAGAAGGGUGACUCAGACGAGAGCCGAAACGCAGAGGAGAACCCCAAAGCCCCCGAGCAGCCGGGGGAGCAGGCCUGACCACACGGCUCUCACAUUCAUUUACACAGCACAGCUUCCAAGUCUUUUGUUUAAAAAAUAUGCGUGUCAGGAACAAAAAUCCUUCAAGUGUCAUACAUUUUUGGCUCUAGGCUCUUUAAGGCUUUAAUAAUAAAUGCUAUUUAGUUCAUGUCCAUUAGUUUUACAGCAAAUUUGAGAAAUAAUACUAGUUUUACUCCUGUAGCUGUUUUUAACGACAGGCCAAAAAGCCAGUGGCUAACGCGUAUUUGCUAGCUGUGUUUAUGUUGCAUGAGUGUUGUGCUGCGAGGUAUGGGCUGGACAGACUGGCCUGUUACCUGUCAAAGAGGCAUCAGGGAAGUAAGCAUUUUAUGACAGAGGCGACACACUGGCAUGACAACCCUACAUCCUGUUCCAUGGGAAGUCAUAAAAGAGGGGCCUCUCCUGGAGUUAGAUUACCUUCUACUGUAGUAUAGCUGGCAGUGUCCUCUCUCUCUCUCUAUCUCUGUCUGUCUUUCUCUCUCUCUCUCUCUGACCCUCCCCUUUCUGUCUUUCUCUGACAUAAGGAGCAAGUGUGUGAAGUGCUUGAUAGUAAAUCUGUAAAUGUGCAGUAAUAUCCAUGAACUUAAAUUGAUGGGGGUCAUGCACCCCAUAGUUUUUUUUUUUAUAUUCGGCAUACAGCUUUGAAUAGGCAUGCUGAAUAUCAUUUAGCUCAUAUAGGUUGCAAUGAAAACACAAAUCUCUAUUGUUUUUACAAAUGUAAAUUAAAUAUGUGCUUCAAGUCAAAAAUAGCCAUACCACAGGCUGAUUAUCUCCAUACAUUAAUGCAUAAAAUUAUUUAGUUAAAUACUACCAUAAAUACUGAUGAUUUCAUGUUUUACAUCCUGUGUAAGAUGUCCUUGCCAAGUCCUUGCCAAAGAUUGAAAAACUUAAUUUCUUAUAAAUUCUCAAUAAACAAAUAAAAGCUGUGCCAUUUUAGAAUGUUUAUCUGAA